CUCCAAUCCGAUACCGAUCUCUCCUCCGCACGCAUAAAUUCCAAUCCCCAUUGAUCGCUAGCUCUUCACACGCCGACUCCAUUCACAGCCGUUGCUUCCGCCGCCGGGUUCCUCUUCACAGCGUCGCCAUGAGUUUCAUCUUCGGCAAGCGAAAAACUCCCGCAGGUGAUUGCUUCUCCAAUCGAUAUCCUGAGUUGGGUCGGUGUUAAUUUAGGGGUAGUUUUGUAUCAAGCAUUCUCAGAUACAUGCUUUGGUUAGAGAAUUCAGAUGGAUUGUUUGAGGUUUAUGGUCAAUGGAGCUGGAUGACGAUGGAGGCAGGGUUUUAUUUAUGUUGUAUCUCCAAUUUAUGGCUUUUUGUGGUGGUGGUGUUGUUAGAGCUUCUGCGAGAGAACAAGCGGAUGCUGGACAAGUCGAUUCGAGAGAUUGAGAGGGAAAGGCAAGGUCUACAAACCCAAGAAAAGAAACUGAUUGCAGAGAUCAAGAAAAACGCCAAGCAGGGUCAAAUGGGUGCUGUCAAAAUAAUGGCCAAGGACCUUAUUCGUACGAGACAUCAGAUCGAAAAGUUCUAUAAGCUCAAGUCACAGCUCCAGGGUGUAUCUCUUAGAAUUCAGACGUUGAAAUCAACACAAGCUAUGGGAGAAGCCAUGAAAGGCGUGACAAAGGCUAUGGGCCAGAUGAAUAAGCAGAUGAACUUGCCAGCCCUACAAAAAAUUAUGAUGGAAUUCGAGAAACAGAACGAGAGGAUGGAGAUGGUGAGCGAGGUAAUGGGAGAUGCAAUGGACGACGCAUUGGGAGACGACGACGAGGAAGAGGAAACAGAAGAGCUAGUGAGCCAGGUUCUUGAUGAGAUCGGGAUCAACGUCAAUCAGGAGCUGGUGAAUGCGCCGUCUUCGGCUGUAGCUGCACCAGCAGCAAAGGGUAAGGUUGCACAGGUAGAAUCAGCAGCAGAGGGUGAAGACAGUGGGAUAGAUAGUGACCUACAGGCUAGGUUAGACAACUUAAGGAAGAUGUAAACCCUUUUUGUUUUUCCUUGUAAUAUAUCGAUUAUAGCUUCUGUGCGACGAUCGCUUUAGUUCGAUUCGGGGCCUGUAAUAUAAGCAUCAUGUACCUAUAGCAUCAUAACAUCACGUUUCAGAAGCAAACAUUCACUUUCAAACCCCUACGUCAUGGCCUUGUCUAACAAAAACAUCCUCGUAUUAUUGUCUCAAUUCACGUCAGCUGAUUUUCCAAGUUGGUACUAUGUAAAAGCGUUGAUCUAGUCAUCAGUGGAUUACUUACAUGGCA